AUGGAGACAACGAUAUCAGAAUGUACGAAAAUGAUAGAAAGAGCUGUCGAAAUCGCUACUCUGGUGAAAAGCAACCAACGAUCGUGUCAUAAAGUGGCUAUAGAUUUGGAACUGAUUGGUGGAAUACUUUCGUCGUUGGAUCGGGAACAGAUCGACAAAGUGAAUUCACAACAGCUGAAUCUUGUGUUAAUUCAACUAUUCGAUCAAAUUAACGAAGCAACGAGUUUAUUUGAACGAAGCCUGAAUGAGCAGAAACUCAUCAAAAUUAAAAAACUUCUUCAGGGAAGGUCUAUCCAGGGCAAAUUAACCGAAAUACAUGGCAGUCUUGGAAUGACGAUUGCGUUAUUGAGUUGCGUGUUCCGGAUGAAACCUUCAAAUUCUCGCAGUCUUGGAAUAACUGAAGAACAGCCCAUCGGUGAAUCUAUUUUCGAUACUGUACAAUGA